CACCGAGAAGUGCACCAGGUCCUCCGAGUCCAGCUCCGGCCCAGCCGCUUCCAGCAUCUUGCCCGGGCCGGCCGGGGCUGGCGCACGCUGCACAGAGACGGACGGAAGCAGAAGGGGGCUCCAGAGACGCCGUCCUUCCUUCCUUUCUUCCAGCGGCGGCGCUGUCGCUUCGGGCGCCGGCUGGCCCCGCCCGGCCGCCGUAACCGGACAAGGCCAGCCCCUUUUGCCACCGCCUUGGAUGAGAAGACACACAGAGACGGGGGGAGUGGGGAAGCCGCGCCGGAAGCUGGCCCCGCCCACGCACCCGCGUCCUCUUCCGCCCAGGGCGAAAAGCGGCGGUGGCCAUAGCAACGGUGGAUACAGGAAUACCCAUCACUAUGUGCGCCAGUCCAAAGAGAGUGAGUGCAUUUGCACGAGUCAAGCCGACAGCUGACUUUCCACAAGACAUGAUCAAGUUUGGAGCAGACAAUAAGACCAUAGAGAUGUACAUUGAGAGAGAUCGCUCAAAAGGAGUUGUCAACAACAAACAGACAGACUGGUCUUUUAAACUAGAUGGUGUUCUUCAGAAUACCCCUCAGGAUGUGGUCUAUGACGCGGUAGCCAGAGACCUGGUCUCCCAAGCUCUUGAUGGAUAUAACGGUACUAUAUUAUGCUAUGGGCAAACUGGAGCUGGCAAGACUUUCACCAUGACGGGAACAACGGGAAACUACAAGCAUCGAGGGGUCAUACCCCGCGCUAUACAGCAGGUGUUCAAGUCAAUGGAGGAGCAUGGCAGUCAGUUCAUCACCAUUCGAAUUUCUUACCUGGAAAUCCACAAUGAGACCAUCUUUGACCUUUUAGCUUCAACUCCCUCUAGCGUGGCCAAUGACACCCCGUUGUCUAUAGUGGAGGGCCCUCAGGGUGUCUCUGUGAAAGGCCUGACCGUGCAUGCCGCGCCCCACGAAGAAGUGGCUUUAAAUCUCUUGUUUGAGGGUGACACCAACCGAUGUGUCGGUCAACAUGCUCUGAACAGGCAUUCCUCCAGGUCUCAUUGCAUCUUUACUAUUUACAUCGAGUGUCAUUCCAGAAUCCUUUCUGAUACCAGAUAUGUCACCUCCAAAAUUAAUCUGGUGGAUCUAGCAGGCUCAGAGAGGCUGGCAAAAACCAAAUCAGAGGGACGUGGACUGAAGGAGGCCACUUACAUCAACAGGUCUCUGUCAUACCUAGAACAGGUCGUCAUUGCGUUGUCUGACCAUAACCGGGAACACAUCCCUUUCCGUCAGAGCAAGCUCACCUACACCCUGAAGGAUUCAUUAGGUGGAAAUUGCAAUACUGUCCUUGUGGCUAAUAUCUGCAGUGAAGCCAUCCACAUAGUGGAGACGCUGUCCACACUUCGUUUUGCUACCAGAAUGAAAUGGGUGACUACUGAGCCAAUUGUUAAUGAAAAAAUCAACUCAGAGCGGAUGGUGAAGAAUCUGGAGAAAGAGGUCCUCUAUCUGAAGGAUGAGCUGGCAAUGCACAACAGUUUGCUCAAUCGCCCUCCGGUGUCUUACGAGCCCCUGAACGAAAUCCAGGUGGCAGAGAUCAACUCUCAAGUCCGACGGUACCUCGAAGGAACCAUAGAUGAGCUAGAUAUUGUGAGCAUCAGACAAAUCCAUGAAGUGUUUAACCAGUUCAAAAUGAUUCUGGGCCAGCAAGAGCAGGAAGUGGAAGCCAGACUGCGGAGCAAAUACACACUGAUAGACAAAAAUGACUUUGCAACCUUGUCUGUAGUCCAAAAGGCAGGGCUGGUUGAUGCUGAAGGCCACCUGGUUGGAGAAGUCGACGGGCAAGGAUUUGGCAUCGGAGUCGCUCCGUUCUCAUCCAAACCUGGUGGGAAGAAAACAAAAGCAAAGAGAGGGAAGGAGGCAGUCAGCCCCACUACGCGGAAGGAAGGUAUUGCAAGUCCUGUUUCUGGGAAGGACCUGGAUUCCGUUUCCCCAUCACGCAGCCAGGUAGUGGCGACCACCAAGGACCUGGACGCAAGGGAUCCCUUGCUCCGGGAACCGGAUGCUGUCAGUUUCGAGACAAAUCGCUCUGAAUCUGCACCAAAAGAGGACUCCUCCACAAGGCCCAGUUCCCCACCUGCAAAGGCAACAGCCUUUGAGGACUUCAAAAACGAGCGCGGGAGCGAAAUCAGCCGGAUCUUCAAGGAGAACAAAACCAUCCUGAAUGAUCGCAAGAAGAAAAUGAGUGAGGUCGCCCAGAGAGUCAACAUGCUGAAGCAGGAGAUGGACAUGAUCCGGCAGGCAUUGGAGGCCCAGAAAUUUGACCGGGAGCAGCAAGGAGAGUACCAGAACGAAGAAGGACAAAUCAUCAUUGAUGAAGAGGAAUUCCUGUUGAUUAUGAAGCUGAAGGACCUGAAGAAACAAUACCGGGAGGAUUACAAUGACUUGCAAAACCUCCGCUCCGAAGUCCAGUACUGCCAACACCUGGUGGAUCAGUGCCGCAGCCGGCUGGUCACAGAAUUUGAAAUCUGGUACAACGAGUCCUUCCUCAUCCCAGAAGAGGUCCAGGAGGCACUCAGGCCUGGGGGAUCUAUAAGGCUCGGCAUGAUUCCAAUUAACAGAGUCCUGACUCUGGAUGAAGAUGAACAGGAGAGAUUUGACCGGAUGCAGCAGGAAGUCCUGCCGUUCUGCCCGGAUUCUGUCUCCUUCUACAACGCCAAAGCAAAGGUGGACCGAAAGCACAAGUACUCACGGGCCAUGUCUGCUCUGGAGCAAAUGAGGACGAAGCCUGGAUCUGUCCAAGCUGCGGUGAAGAACAAGCCCCCCUCUGUUCUCAGCACCAUGUAACAGAGACGGAAUGAGUCAUGUCUUCUUUCUUACGAGUGGUACUCAAGAAAAGGACCUCGAAGCACAAACCAACAUAAGUUUUAUUUUCAGGAUAGGUAAACAGAUAGCAUAAUAAACCUCUGGGGGAUCAAUAUUACUAAUCAUCAUUCUUUACGAAUACACUGCUUAUAAACCUCAUUUCACCAAUUGGUAUUAACCGAGAUUGACAAUAACUUAGUAAGAUAGGACAUAGAUUUCUGAAAGUGGAGGAAGAAGACCUUGAGUUCUGCUGGCAGGGGCUUGAGUGUGAUAGGUAGAUUUGUAGAAGGCAAGAGGGAAGGAGCGCAGGCUAGGACUUAAGCGUUUCACUUCACAAAAAGCAAAACAGACUGCAAGCCUGGCUUGAUCAUUUGGGUGUUCUCAUAGGUAAUGCAACGAAUCUGGGAUUGCCCAAGGAGAAGUUGCUCCUGGGAGCUGAAGUCAGGAGGUUGGAGAAGGCUGAUGCAGGAGCAGCCCCUCUCAUG